UAAAUCUAAUAAUUCCAUGUUUGAAGAAGUUUGAGUCUGAACAGAAGUUUGUGCAGAAUUCAACUCUUACCAUGUUUUUGUUUUUCUUUUAGCUCAUUUAUCUUAAAUGUUAGAAAACGAAGUGACUAAACUUGAUGAACUAAAACUACAAAUCCGUCAUUCCUUCAGCGUUUCAACAGCCGCAAUAGGGGAAUGAAGGAGCCUCUUGGUUUAGUGGUCUGCCCUCUUUCCUAUAGCCUGGUUCGAAUCCCUGCCGUGUGGACCUUCACGUUCUCGUCGUGGGUCCUCUCCAAAGAAAUAUUUUUUUCUCAAAUAUGCGUGACGAGACAGGACAGUAGAAUUUCCGACCGCCCUUGAAGGCAGCAGCAGCUGCGGUCUCCGGAAGGAGGGCGUUCCGCUGGAGAGCCGCACUCUGCGGGUCUGUCCGCCGUCAUGCGUGUCCGCUGAUAUCCGCGUGGACGCGGCUCGCCUGCUUUCCCAGAACUCCUCCAGUCACCGAGCCUUCUCCUCACGGCUGCCCGGCCCGGAGGCCCCGCUGCCGGCCGAGAGGAGGCCGGGCUACCGACAUGGAGGCUGGCCGUCCUCACGGAGGGAGUGAGCGGGACGACGGGAGGCGAUCCCGCACCUCCUCCUCCUGAACGCAACACGGACUCCUGUUUACGUCUGCAGGGGCAGAAAUGCAUUGUGGUCCGGCGGCUGCAGCUGCAGGACCGAUGGGCCCUCCUAUGGACUUCAGUGGGGGGGGCAUGUCACCUCUGGACGCGCCGCGAAAGAGGAAGUCUCAACGGAAAGAUGCAGCGCCGGCUGUUCAGAAAAUACCUGAGAGUUCCAGCGAGCUAAACCCAGGGGAGUGUCCAGAGCAUGAAGACUCAGAGGAUCAAGACGCUGUAAAGAUGAAACAAGGGUGUGGGGGGAAGAGGUAUGAGGAUCUCCAGAAUGUUUCCAUAGCAACCGUGGAUUAUCCAUCUACCAGCUGCUCAUUAGCAUCCUCCGAAGGUUUGGCCAACAGGUCCCUCACUCAACCAAGCUCUGGGGGCAAAGGUCUUUGGCAUCAAGGUGGAGGAGGCAGGGAGCAUCCUGACCUCCAGGACCAGAGCUGGAGCUCCAGCAGACAUUCAGAACCAGAACCUUGGAGCCCGAUUACAGACCAGCCGCAGGACCACGUCUGGAGCUCUGGCACAGACGGGGCCCGACAUCUCAGUCAAGAGCGGCCAUGGCUGUCAGGAGGAGACGGCAGCCAUCUCGGACCGGGACAGGCCUGGAUGACGGGCCGGGACCAGGCGCCUGAGCAAGGCUGGGCAGGAGAGCCGGAGCAGAGUCCGGUCUGGAACGGAGGACGAGAUCCAGAGGGAGAGGGGGGACCGGUGCAGAUGUGGGGUGAGGAGCAGGGCUGGGGCGAGGCGAGCAGAGGACGCGGAAACAUCCGGAAGCCUGGUUCUGAUGCGACCCGGGCUGGAAAAACCUCGGUUCAGUGUGAAGAUCAGAAACCUCCGGUUCUCCCGCUGAAGAAGGAGCCUCCUCUGUAUCCUCCAGGAAGUCAAGAGGAGCGCUGGCAGAUCCAGAUCGUGGCCAAGGGGAGAGUGACCUGCCCAAAAUGCAGAAGUGUGAGCAGGAAGACUGUGGAGGGGCUAAAGAAACACAUGGAGAACUGCAGACUGGAACCCUUCACCUGCCAGCACUGUGGGAAGCAGCUCAAGUCUUCCACAGGCAUGAAGUACCACAUCAUGGCCGACCACAGCCACCUGCCAACGGUGAAUGACACUGAGGAGCUGGAUGAUCAUGCCGUGAAGGACAAACUCCGGAAAAUUCUGAAGCGACUGGGAAAACUAAAAUGCUCCAAAGAGGGCUGCACCGCUGCCUUCACCAGCAUCAUGGGUUACGUGUACCACAUGAAGAAGUGCGGGAAGGAGCCGUCGGAGCUGGAGAAGAUGCUGCUGAACUGCUCGCACUGCGGGAAAGCCUACAAGUCCAAGGCUGGUCUGGAGUAUCACCUGAGAUCUGAGCACGCUCCUACCCCCCAGGAAACUGAGGAAGACGAGGGGCAGAAGGCCCAGAAGGACGCCAACCCCGAGAGGACGGCCAGCGGCAGAGUGCAGCGGGCCUCGGCUCAGGUGGCCAACUUCCACCUGGCUGAGAUCGCCAACAACGAGCUUCCCAAAGACUGGCCCAAGAGGAAGUUCCAGUCAGACCUGGUUCCAGACGACCAAAAGCUGAAGUACGCUCGGCCCGGUCUGCCCGCCUUCAGCCAGGACGUCCUGAGGAAGUGGAAGAACGAGGUGAAGCUGCAGAGAAAAGUCCAGUGUCCCAACCAGGGCUGCAGCUGCGUCUACAGCAGCGUUUCAGGGCUGAAGGCUCACCUGGGCCUGUGCACAAAGGGCGAAUUUGAGGCGGGAAAAUACCGAUGCCUCAUCUGCAACAAGGAGUUCAACUCUGAGAGUGGAGUCAAGUAUCACAUCAACUCUGUGCAUUCACAGGACUGGUUUGUGACAAACAAAAAAGCCUUCAAGAAGUUUGAGAGCUUCCUGAAGAACCGGCCGAAGGAGAUGCGUCCGUCUGCGCAGAAGCUGGUUCAGUACCCCCAACACCCCCCUCAGCACCUCCUGCAGCAGCAGCAGCCGCCGCCGCAUCACCUCCAGCACUUCCACUACGCAGAGAACCAGACCCUCCAACCGCUGGCCGACCCCCUCCUGCAGCAGCUCCACUACACCCCCCUGGAGCCGGCCUCCGGGCUGACCUGGGUGGACAUGGACCGGGGGGAGACGGUGCCGUCACCCGGGCACAUCAGCAUGUCCGUGGCUGCAGUGAGUAAGGUGGAGGAGGACAGCGGCGGCCAGAUGAUGGAUUUUACAAUGAGGGUGAAGGAGGAGGCAGACGGGGAGUCGGGGGAUGGGACGGCUUUUGCUUUCAGCGGAGGAGCCGCUGAAGGAAACGCCAGCAACACCAGCAGCUCCUCCACGGAGCCGAAGGACGGGCAGAGGCUGAGCCAGCUGUGGAAUCUGAAACCAGCGGCCAUGAUGGAGCCCUGACAGCCAGGGGGAGGAGCCUGAACGGCACCUGGGGCAGCAUUCCAGACGACUCGCGUGGAGAAGGACUAACGAACGGAAACGUUCACGUCAUCCAGAGGGCGGAGCAGCUGAGGACAGAGCAGUUUGGAAGAUGGACUCUGAAGGACCCUCAGGCUGUGGACCUGACAUCACUGCCCUCAAACAUCCCUGUGUGGACUUUCUGUUAAAACCUUUAUCAAGUCAAGAAUCUGUUGAGCCUGUGGAUGUAAAUAUGCAUCAAACAUCUUCUGCUCCAAAUCUACCUUCAUUUAUCACCUGAAAGCAGAAACAAAUGAAAUUCAGGCAUCAUGGGGUUAAAUAACCCAACAUGAAGAUUGUUUUACUCAUUAGCUUAGCUGCUAGAUUCAUUUUGUCAGACAUGUCUACCUCUGAGCUACUUUUAAUUAUUUAAGGAAAUGGGAUUUUUUUUUCUGUUUCCACGCCGUCACAUGACAUCAUCCAUGAUUAAAUAGGGUUUUUAUUCUGUGUGAGAAGACUGUUGUAUUCAUAGUACGGACUCCAAUGUGUGUGUGACAUGAUUGCAUCUAUGUUGUCCAGUUACACAAUACAUUUUGUAGACAAACAAAGAAAGUCUAACAUUAAAACCUGUAAAAAGGCCUUUUAGGGCCGUUUUUCCUCUUCCUGUGAACAGACACUCAUGAGGAGCUAGAACUGUUCUGUAACCUCAGUUUCAUCUACAAAAAGCCUGAUUGUUUAUUAAAAUGUCAUUUUUCCAAACCAAA